CUCACUACAUUAUACCUCCUCUGUUCUCUCCUCUCUCUGCACAACUGCCUUACGAUUCUCCCGAACUAGCUUUUACCAUUUUAGCCUCAAAUUCUUCUCAAAUUUUCGAUACGAAGAACUCAGAAGCUCUGUACUCACAGCAUCCGGAGAAAGCAACAGUGCUUUAGGGCAAUGUCUGUGGCGACUAAGCUUCACUCACCGGUCUGCGAGCCGAGAGCGAUUCUCGGCCCCGGAGGCAACAGAGUUAGGGUUUCGGAGUACCCAAAGCGAAAAGGCGAGGCCUUGAAGAAGCCGCAGGCUCAGAGGACGAGAAAGCCGACUGCGGUCUCCGAAGUGCCUCAAUCGGUGGUUAGGAGCAAUGGCUCGGUCGAUAGUUCGUGCUCUUCUGACUCCUCUUCGAGCGGCUCCUUGGCCAAGACGGUGAGCUCGAAGAAGACGCCACCGACGGUGAAGCGUAAGGGAUUGAAGCCUGUGAAGGUCGUUCCCGUCGGCGUUGAGGCCGUCGCUGCGUUGCCGAAGAUUUUAGGUCCGCCUAAACGGUGCGAUUGGAUCACACCUAACUCUGACUCCAUUUAUACUUCCUUCCAUGAUGAGGAAUGGGGAGUUCCAAUUCAUGACGAUAGAAAGUUAUUUGAAUUGCUAGUCUUUUCACAAGCUUUAGCCGAACUCACUUGGCCUGCAAUUCUAAACAAGAGAGAAAUUUUCAGGAAACUUUUUGAAAAUUUUGAUCCAUCAUCCAUUGCACAGUUCAACGAGAAGAAGUUGCUGUCCCUAAAAGUAAACGGCAAUCUAUUGCUAUCUGAACCAAAGCUUCGCGCAAUCGUUGAGAACGCUAAGCAAAUACUUAAGAUUCAACAGGAGUUUGGUUCCUUCAGUAAUUAUUGCUGGUCCUUCGUGAACGACAAGCCCAUCAAGAACGGAUUUCGUUAUGGACGUCAAGUACCAGUCAAGUCGCCAAAAGCAGAUCUUAUAAGCAAGGACAUGAUGCAGAGAGGCUUCCGUUGUGUGGGGCCAACCGUGAUUUACUCAUUUAUGCAAGUAGCGGGCAUUGUUAAUGACCAUCUCUUGUCCUGCUUCAGAUACGAGGAGUGCAAGAUAAAUGUGGAGAAGGAUUUAAAACCUAGAACUGAGGAAUCGGCAAUACUAACUGAAGCUCUGGAAAAGACAAGCUUAUCUGAUGACUGAAUCGAUAAAAUUAGUUUCUUAGUACUAAUCACACAAAUCCACACGACUAAGAAAUCAUCAGGAGGUGAAACAGCGUAGGUUAGCGUUUAUUACCUUUGAUUUGACAGAUUAUGCUGCCCUUUAAAAAAAAACAAAACAAAACAAAAUUCAUAAUGUAUUGAUUACAGUUUGUAGAGUGAUGUAAGCAGCGUCAAACUUGCUAUACUAGUCGUUUAUUCCCUAAUAAAAGUUUUAUAUCAU